AAACAAUCCCGUGGGCGGGGCUUCCCGGCUCUCCUCAGCUCUUUCCCGGUCUCGCCCGCCCGCUCGCUCCGCUCUGCCCCGCUCGGCUCCGGAGGAGCCCUCCCCGGCGUUCCUCCCAGGCUGUCACCCGGCUCACUUUGUUCUCCGCCUUUGUCCUCGUCUACGCCAGCAGGUGGAGCAGCCGCGAACCUUUCGGAGCCCAUUCAGGGGAAGGGAGCCCAUCUUGCUCUCUCCCGGAGCAGGAGCUGGAGGAGGAGGAGGGUCAGAGCUCAGCGUGCAGCCAAUCGGGGCCCACGCUGCUAGUUAACCGAGCAGAAUGGGCUGUAGUUGAGUGAAAUAGGAAAGCUGCAAAAACACUGUGGAGUUUUUUCCCGGUGUAAAUAAAAAAAAGAAGACGACGACGACGACGACUAGGAGGGAAAGACAACAAAAAGUUUCCCAAGUCGCCGCCGCCCGCCGUUGGCCCGGGGCCGGUGCUGGAGCGGGGGCUUCGCCCAACCAGAACACGUUGGACUGGGUUGUGUUGCAAGAACACCCCAUUCCUAUUGUUUGUGUGGGGUUUCUCUCCCUCCAUCACAAAAUAUGGCAAAGGUUCAGGUGAACAAUGUAGUGGUGCUGGACAAUCCUUCUCCUUUCUACAACCCUUUUCAGUUCGAAAUCACGUUUGAGUGCAUAGAGGAUCUGUCGGAAGACUUGGAGUGGAAAAUUAUCUAUGUGGGUUCAGCAGAAAGUGAAGAAUACGACCAAGUUUUAGACUCUGUUUUAGUGGGCCCUGUUCCUGCAGGAAGGCAUAUGUUUGUAUUUCAGGCUGAUGCACCAAAUCCAGGACUUAUUCCAGAUGCAGAUGCUGUAGGUGUUACAGUUGUGCUAAUUACAUGUACCUAUCGAGGUCAAGAAUUUAUUAGAGUUGGCUAUUAUGUAAAUAAUGAAUAUACGGAGACAGAAUUAAGGGAAAACCCACCAGUAAAACCAGACUUUUCUAAGCUUCAAAGAAAUAUUUUGGCAUCUAAUCCCAGGGUCACAAGAUUCCACAUUAACUGGGAAGACAACACUGAAAAAUUGGAAGAUGCAGAGAGCAGUAACCCAAACUUACAGUCACUUCUUUCAACAGAUGCAUUGCCAUCAGCAUCAAAGGGAUGGUCAACAUCAGAAAAUUCAUUAAAUGUCAUGUUAGAAUCCCAUAUGGACUGCAUGUGACUACCUGCCAUCCCUUUAGUACAUGUUAAGCUAUAAAAACAAACAGAACUAUUUCCCUGAAAUUCCGUAAGUACAUAGUCAAGACAAAAUGUGAAGAAUUUGUUUUAAAAACAUCCUGUAGAAAGUUUAUAAGAACCAGUAUUUGAUCAAAUUGUGGAAUAUAAAUACAACUAUUUUUAAGUAAUUCUUUUUUCUCUAAUGUGUUAUUUUAUUUGCUCUAAAACUAAAUCUGAUUAAAGCAUAUAUAUUAUA